GUCCAACGUCAACUACGUCCCACCACCUCAAGAGCCACAGGAUUUCAAACACACACAAUCAUUCAUGCUCUGAGAAGCUGGCCUUUUCUGCGACAAUGAAUCACUUCCUGUAAUGAGGUGCCAACACUGGAUCCAGUUUUUCUGCCUCUCUGGACUCAAGAUUGAGCUUUUGAUCUUCCAAUAUAAGCAAAUCUUAAUCUCCUUCCUUCCCUUCGCUCAUUUUUUGAUUAUGUGAAGCAAAGCUGCCAGGCUUCUUCCCUCUGGUUUUCUGGUUUCUUUUGAUGAGAUUGAGCUGGUUUCACGGCCCUCUGCUGCCCCCUGCUGGUCAGACCAUGAACUGGUCUGUAAAAAGGUUUGAGCAUCAUUUCGUUUUCUUAUUUCUGAAGGCCAACUGCUUCAAGGAUUUGAUUUAUUUAUUUUUUUUUACCAAAGACUCACGUUAGUGACCUUUUCUGUUACAUUUAUUUGAAGGAGAAUUUAUGAGAAGCCAUAAAGAAAACAUUAAACGCGAUUUACCUCAACCAAGUAUUUCGUCUGUCUCAGGCCCUAAAACUCGUUUUCUUAGUAACAAAAAAUUCACUCAAAUUCUGAGACCAACCCCCUUCCACCCUGAUGUGCCUGCAUGGUUUUGUUUCUUUUUUUUUCUUCAAACAUAUACAUGUAUCUACAGUAUACCUCGUGCCUUUUUAAUUUCUCAUUUAUCUCUGGAUCACUUAUUUUUUGUAAAGAACUUGCCUUACUUUUUCUGUCUUUAUAUAUUCUCGUGCCACUGUUUUAUUCAAUGAAGUGUUUGUUUUCUGGACUGUGUGGAUGAUUUGUUCAGAGUUUUAUUUGAACUGUGUAUCAGUAAUAAAAAGGUUUUUCUAUCCA